CUCCGCCUCCUCCUGGAAAAACUAUUUAGUUCGGGAGGUGCUGAGGCCGGGUCCCAGGCAGGCCCCAGACCAGCCCACCAACCGCAGACCACACACUGACUGGGGAGGUUCCCCACCUGCCCCGUGCUCCCUGACCAGCCAACACCAAACCCACCGGCUGCUUCUCUCCUGAUACCUAUUGGCCACUGACCGGACUCAGCCCCGCCCGCCAUGGCCCGGCUCCUGACUGUUGCCUUCGGUUGCAUCAGCCUCCUCUACCUGCUGUUCCCAGGCACCCUGCCCCGCAGCCCAGGCAGGACCCAGCGGCCUGCCCCGCCCAGGGCGCCCCCAGCCAGGACCCCUUCCAGUGGCGUGAAGCUUCGUCACCCCACACCUCGGCGUGUGGUCUGGAGGCUACAGCAGGCCUUGCAUCCGGAGAGGAGCGCCAGCCAAGCCCCCGCUCUGGGGCGGCCUCUCCGGGGCGGCCCCCCCCGGCACCUGGGCCCCCGCAGGUCCCGAGCCCAGCUCCUGCGGGUGGGCUGUGUGCUGGGCACCUGUCAAGUGCAGAACCUCAGCCACCGCCUAUGGCAGCUGGUUGGGUCAGCCGGCCCACGGGACUCAGCCCCUAUGGACCCCAGCAGCCCCCACAGCUAUGGCUGAGGUGGAGAGGGCCAUCCCCACGCCUGGCCCCGCCAGGAUGCUGUACCUCCGUCCCAGAGCUGUGCCUGGGCCCCCAGCCCCCACCCA